AUGGGUGAAGUUGGCAUGGACGCGUUUCCGCCUAAAAAACUGGACUCGAGACAGGAUUCAAAACUGGAUCGUCCGGUUAUUGAGACUCGACUGGAUUCUAGAAUGGACUACUAUGGCAGCAAAUUGGCUCUACGCGCGAGCCUGCGUUACACUGGGGAAGAUGACCAGUGGCAGACCAGUCGCAGUUCCCUUCGUGAAAGAAACAAAUACAUGUUUAACCGAGAGCUGUUUAGUGAUGUGCGUUUUCUGGUCGGCAGGACAGAGAAAACGUCCAUUCCUGCCCAUCGGUAUGUACUGGCUAUUAGUAGUCCGGUGUUUUCUUCGCUAUUUUACGCGUUUGGGGCACUUCAGGCUGAAGUAACUUCACGAGAGCAGGUAAAUAAACAAAUAAAUAAACAAACUUUCUGUACAUUUUGUUCGUAUUUGAUAUGGUAAAGUCGAUUGUCGGAAGUGAUCCAAAAUUGUGAAGGCAUUUUCUAUCCAAGAACGAGGAUUCGUCAAAAAUCUUAGAACUUUUUAUACAAUGACUGUUCCUUUAUCAACUUCUGGUUGAUAGCCAACUAAGUUUCCAUUGAGGUAGCGCCUGAAAUUUUUCAUUUUAGGUAGAAAUAUCAGAAUGUGAACCGGAAUCGUUUCUGGAGAUGCUCCGGUACAUGUACUACGACGAAGUACAGCUGACCACUGAUAACGCGCCGGAAGUCUUGUUCUUAGCCCGGAAGUACCUUAUUCCAAGCUUGGCGGAGAUCUGCACUGAAUUCAUCGCGAGUAACUUAACUGUCGCGAACACUCUUCCUGUAUUGGACCAUUGUUGUCUGCUUGGGGUCAGCAAUGGCCUGGAGAAACAAUGUUGGACAAUCAUCGACCAACACGCUUCUGAAGUAGCUCAAGAUCACCAAUUCGUAGAAAUCGAUCACAGAACGCUUACUGCUUUCUUGAAACGCGACAGCUUAGUUGCCAAGGAGACGGUACUUUUCCAAGCAGCAGUGAGGUGGGCGGGGCGGGAAUGCCAGCGAUUGUCAUUUCCGUUGACAGCUGAGAAUAGACGCGAGGUUCUUGGGGAUGCGUUUUAUUCCAUUCGUUUCCCGUUGAUGAGUAUGAAGGAAUUCACUGAAAAUGUGGCUCAGUCAUCUUAUCUAAGUCACGAAGAAGUAGCAAAUAUGUACAUCGGCUUCAACUCCAACUUUCAGUCUUGCAACGUUAAAUUUCCAACAGAGCCUCGUGCUGGGCUUCUUCUAGAGGCGGUCUUUCGCUGCACGCGUUUCGAAUCAACAGCGCUGCGCCCAAAGUGGACAACAGUCGCACCACAACAAUCCACCGUGAAAUUCAAGGUCAGUCAGCCAAUCAGCAUCAUGGGCAUUGCACUUUUUACGGCUGACACGCAAUCAGCCUCAUCGAGUGUUAGAGUUGAGCUGCGUGACGAUAGGGAUUCUGUGCUGACGUCACAUCAAGCAGAUCUUGAUAACCGCGACGAUGAUAGUGAUACGCAAGAUGUCAUAUUUUCAAAAGGGAUAAAAUUACAAAACGAUGUCAUCUAUUCAAUCACUGUUACGUCAGAAGAAACCUUGGAGCGGUUUGGACAGGGGCCGAUGAAUGAUCAAUUGUGA